GCUGCUCCCAUCCUACGUGAAUGCAGCAUAAACUGUUGAGGUGAUCCAUGGCAACAGAGAAGCCAGUCCUACACACACACACCUCCAAUCUCUACACACUCUCCGUCAAUGUAGCCGGAAUGCAGCGAGGAGGAAUCACUCUUAACCGAUAGAAAAAACAUCCAGCAUCAAGGUGACCGACCGGGAGCCUGUCAGUCAGCUGCCCCGAAAACAAGCUCCACAUCCCGGCAGGUGACAGCAGACAGGACCGCUGCAAACGGACGCUUUUUGUCCACGGACAAGAUGGUAGUAGCAAACGUUUCUGGGGCUUAAAAACCUGAAAAAUCACCUUUUGGUGUAUUAUUAUCCGGAUGCAAGCAAAAAUGAAUCCUAAUUUUAACACUUUGUGGGCUAAAAAGGCUUCAUAUAUUUGAUUUUUUUUUCAAAGUGUUGCCGGAAAAAAACGCUCACUUGCUCCAGAGCUCUCCACUGGUUUCUACUGAGAGCCGUGCAGUUUAAUAUUACAGUCCAUAUAUCUCUUAUCAGAAAGCAUAAUCGUGAAGAUGGCGACUGGGUCGGGUUGGCAGCAGUAUUACUGCCCUGCCGGUCAGGGGAAAUUUAGUUCAUCCACGGGAACCAGCAUGUCGUUUCAGACUGGCAUCGCCAUGGAAUAUACCCAAGACCUGCACCUGAAGAUGAGCAAGAAAAUAGCACAGCUAACAAAGGUUAUCUAUGCGCUGAACACGAAAAACGACGAGCACGAGGCGGCCAUCUCCACGCUGAAGGAGGCGCACGAAGAGGAGGUGCAGCAGAUCCUCUCCGAGACCAGAGAGAAGAUACUACAGUACAAGAGUAAGAUCAGCGAUGAGAUGGACCUGAAGAGGAGGAUCCAGUCUCUGGAGGAAUCCAUGGAGCUGCACGAGAGGAUGAAGAGGCAGGCCCUCGCCGAGUUCGAGAGCUACCGUCAGAGGGUGGAGGACAUGCAGAUCUGCACCGAGGCUCAGCACACGCAGCGGGUGGUGUCCAUGUCCCGGGAGGUGGAGGAGAUGCGGCGGUCCUUCGAGGAGAAGCUGCGGACGUUCGGCUCGGCGCAGACGCAGUUUGAGCAGGAGAAGAAGGCGGCUCUGGAGGAGCUGAAGGGCCAGCACCGGCAGGAGGUCCAGGAGCUCCUGCGCAGCCACCAGAGCCAGAACGCUGACUACAGCAAGGACCAGGAGAAACUGGUACAGCUGCACAAAGCCGAGGUGGACUCCCUGACGGAGCGGGUGGAGGAGCUCAAACAGGACAAGAAGAGACUGGUGGAGGAGUACGAGGCCAAACUCAGCAAGUCCCAGGCGUUUUACGAGCGCGAGCUGGAGGCCAUGAAGAGGACUCAGCAGCUGACGGCCGACAACCUGUUGGCAUGGAAACGCACCGAGAGCGAGCUGCGGCGGGAGUUUCAGACUCAGGAGGCGGCGCUGCAGAAAACGCUCGGGAAGCUGAGGCUGGAGCUGGCCCGCGUCACGGAUGAAGCGCGGGAAAACCGGGACAAAUCCCACAAACUGCAAGCGUCCCUGCACAACGCCGACAGCAACGUCAAGGACCUAACCAAGCAGCUUGACGAGGUGACCCAGAACUCAGAGAUUGUGGAGAUCCGUCAGAAAGAAGCCGAGUGUGAACUAGAAGCAGCGAGAGACCGAGUUCAGCAGCAGGCGACUGAAAUACUGCUCAAAGCCAGUCAGAUCAGCAACCUGCAGGCCACUCAGAUGACGCAGGAAGCCGCCAUCAGAGACCUGGACAACGAGCGCAGCCGCCUGAAGGACAAGGUGCUGAGGAUGGAUGAGGAGAGGGAGGCGCUGCAGAGCCAGAGCCAGGCGCUGGACGACAGGCAGAGGCAACAGCUGCUGUCCCUGGAGAAGACCCUGCGUGAGGAGAAGUCGUCCCACGAGAAGGACAUGAAGGACAUCCAGGCUCGAUCCGAAGAGGAGACCAACCUGAUGAAGGACAGCCAGGCCAGGGCUCUGGAGGAGGUCGCCAAGAAACACCGAGUCACCCUGGAGAACGCUCUGAACAACGCCGAGAAGGAGAAGAACCGCAUGCUGGCCGAGCUGGAUCAGCAGUUUGAGAAGGAGCGCCUCUCUCUGGAGGAGCAGAAGACGACGCUCCGCCAGCAGCUGGACGAGCUGAGGGAGGAGCUCACCUCCAAACUCAACGCCGCCAACGACGAGGUGGUCCGGCUGCAGCAGGAGGUGCAGCAGGGGGAGCAGGACAUGGGCUCAGCCGAGGGAACGAUCUGCACCCUGAAGGAGGCGCAGGACAAACUGCUGGAGGAGCUGGACGCCACCAGAGCCCGACUGAGGGAGACCAGCAACCUGCUGACAGCCCUGCAGGGUGAGCUAGAGAUCCAAAAGCGUCAUCAUGAAGCCAAAAUCAUCACCACCAAAGAAGAAGAAAAACUUAAAAUGGACAAGAUGGCUCUGGAGCUGGAGCUCAAAUGGACCGAAACACUCAGGCAGGAGUGUAAGAAGCUGCGUGAGGAGCUGAGAGAGGACCAUGAGGAGGACAAGGCGUUGGCGCUGAGUCAGCUGGCUCAGAGCAAAGAGCAGGAGCUGAGCAGCGCCAGGGAGAGCUGGCAGAGGAAGGUGGAGGAUCUGCUGGAGCAGAUCUCCCUGCUGAAGCAGAGUCUGGAGAUGCAGCUCUCUCAGUCGCAGGUCGUCCCUCAGCAGCUGCAGCAGCAGUUCAGUCAGGAGAGGGAGCACCUGAGGCUGCAGCUGGACGAGCUGCAGACGGAGCACCAGAGGAGGCAGCAGCGCCUGCAGGAGCUGCACCUCAGCUCCAUGCAGGACAUGGGAGCACGCCCGCAAGAGGGACUGAAGGAUUUGGAGGAGCGUCUCCGCCACCACCACCACGCGGAGCUGCAGUCUCUGAGAGAUGCUCACCGUCAGAGCAUCGAGACGCUCAAACAGCAGUCGGAGCAGGAGCUGCAGACACUGCGCUUUGAACUGGAGGACGAGGGCAAAGCCAUGCU